UGUGGUACCAGAUACAUUGUGCAGGACUCUGCUCUGUGGCACCAUACCAGGUAUUCAUCUUUCUUUCACCAUUCUGAUACUUACUAUUCCUCCUCCAGAGGCUGCUGUCCCCCUGGCUGGUCCCCUGGCUGGUCCCCUAGCUGGUCGGCUCAGAGGCCCAGGCAAACAGAGCUCCAUGGCCAUCUACAAAGACAGAUCUGAUGUCCAUGCCCCCUGGGACCCCUCCGAUCCUGGGAGGGCCAUGGUCAGAGGCAGCCUACCCCUGGAGCUCAGAGAGUGGCAGCAGCAGACAGGCAGAUCCCAGGGCACCUUGAUCUUGGGUCCCGAUGGUGAGGUCAUACAGAUGUCCCCGUGGGACCCUAAUAAUAUGUCUGCCACUGAGGACCAGCCCGCCCUUACCUCUGCUCUGGACCAGGUCACACCAGACCAUGCUCUCCAGGUCCUAACCUCAGAGGGGGAGCUACCCUGGGUCCUACUGAUGCAAACAGAGCCUAGAACCACAGGGGAAGCCAGUAAUCCCGAAGGACCCCCAACCAACAUGGAACAAUGUGAAUUAGUCCAAACGGUAGGAUCUGAUGGACAAACUGUCCUGUCUGGUGGCCAGAGACACAGACAUGGACCUGAAUCUUCCAGGAACAGAACUACAGGGAAACAGCUGCACCCAGACACUCAGAGACCUGGAGGAAGCGAUAAACACAUGGCUGCUGUCAGCUACAACAGCAGGACAGUGGAGAUACCGAGACAGGAGGAAGGGAAGGAGGUGAGGAGGGAGGAAGCUGAGGAGAAGUCUACAACAAGGAAGAGGAGCCAGGAUCGGGAAAAGCCAGGUCCACAGAGGAGUGGGGUAUCCUCCUUACCUACCACAGAAGAAGAAGAGACCCAAAACAUCAACCCCCACAAACCUUCACAGCCCAUCCCCACAGGCCACUCUACAGAAUGGGCCUUCUCUCAGAACAGAAGUCCCAAACACUCAGAGGGACCCCUUACACCCAGUGGCAAGAAAGGAGGCCAUUCUAAGAAAACAAACGUGACAGUAGAUGAGCAGAAUCCACAGCAGGCAGAGGGACAGACAGAGGAAACAGGGGAACAAGCCAGCAGAGAGAAGCUGGAGGACACAUUGAAUAAAGAGGUGGGAUCCCAGGACUCUCCUACCGUACAGAAAAUGAAAAAGAGAAAAGUGAAUGAAGGGCAGGAGCAGAACCAGGAAGUCCUCUCCAAGGAGGCGGGGAAGGUCUUGAGGAAGAAGAAAAAGGACCGGGUCAAAGAUCAAGCUGAGUUUGUUGUCGGAAAACCUAAAGGCCACGUGGACGUGGAGAGGACGAAGAAGACCAAAGAGACUAAAGGCCACGUGGACGUGGAGAGGACGAAGAAGACCAAAGAGACUAAAGGCCACGUGGACGUGGAGAGGACGAAGAAGACCAAAGAGACUAAAGGCUUAUCUGAGACGUCUCCAUCUGCUCUGAGUCCUGAUGGAGAUGUGAAGGACACCGAAGACGAUAGUGCUGCACUAAACACACAUGAAGAAGAACAUAGUGACCUCGUCCAAUCCCCGAGAUCCAAUCACAGCUCUGGGUUGGUUUUAUCCAAUCACAGCACUGUAAACAGGAGCUCCUCAUCCAAUGGGCAGUCAGGUCAGAGUUCACACAGAUCUAACUCCUGUGAGGACGAGGUUUUACCGUGCGGACAACGACGGUCCUCUCAUGACCAACUGUCAUCCUGCUCGGUUGUCAUGACAGCAGAAACACAACCAUUAAAUCUGGUCAUAUCUGACGCCAGCAUCAGUACUGACAAGAACAGAGGAGAGGCAGCAGCCCAUAUGGAGCAACAGAAGCAUGUGUUGGCUGAGAAGGCAGAGCGUCGCCGACUAGAGGUGGAGAGGAAGAGGAAGGAGAGAGAGGAGGAGAGGAGGAGGCAGCAGGAGCGGGAGGAAAGAGAGGAGUGCAUGAGGCUGGAGCUGGAAGAGGAGCAGAAUCAGAGAGCCGAGGAACUCAGGCUGAGGAGACUGGCUGAGGAGGAAGAGAGACAAAGGUUAGAGGAGAAGGAGACUGAGAGGAGAAGAAGGGAGCAGGCGGAGAAAGAGAGGGAGUGGAGGAAGAAGGAGCAGAAGAGACGACAGUUGGAGAUGAUUCAGAAGAUCAGACAGGAGGAGGAGGAACGCAGGGCAGCUGAGUUGGAGCUGCAGCGACUAGAGGAGGCGAUGAGUAAGGAAGAGGAGAGGAGGAGGCUGGCAGCGAUGGAGGACCAUGAGAAGAGGGAGUACCUGCAGAAACAGAAGGAGGAGGAAGAGGAGAGGAAGAAGGCAGUGGAGGAGAGAAAAAGCAGAGAGGAGGAGGCAGCGCAGUGGGCAAAAGAAGAGGCGCGACUACAAGCUGAACUGUUUGCCAGGCAGAGGGCUUUACUAGAGCAGCAGCUGCAGUUCAGACGAGGCCUGCUGACGGAGGCCGGGGCUUUGGGACAGACUCAGGACAUCUCCCGAGCCUGGGUCUACUCUUACUUCCAGCUCAUACAACUACUGGGACUGGCUGAGGUCCCCACAGCACAGGAAGACUCACCCAAAGACAUGUCCUAGAAUGUUUGAUGGGGUUUGGUGAGAAAGUAAAGGAUUGUCGUUCAAUGAAACGUCUCAUUCAAGGACAUGUGACAGGAAGUAGGACCCCUACUGAUAGUAAUAACAAUAAGUGUUUACAAUAUCAUAACAAACAAAAAAACGCAGCAAUUUUUUUUUAAAAACCACAAUAAAAAUGAGGUUGAAAAAGCU